AACAAGUGUCUGCUCUGGAUCCUGAAGUGAUGGAUUUUUGUGUCAGUCUUUCUAGCGGGGGAGACAGUACGCGAGUAUCUGGUCAGCAUAGAAAAUCUUUGCACGCGACGUAUUCAUUCAAACCAACCUUUCCUUGGUCCGGUCCCUCCCGUUUUCCCAGUGGAAAUUAAAAUGAUUUUAGGGGAGACGACAUCAUGACGUAUAUUACGUAAAUUGCGUAGAACCAGAACAAUCAUUCGCGGUAAGAGCAGAUCCAAAGCCAGUCGUGUUGGGAACGGGAACAACUACGUCACGUUUAUAGGAGAGAAGCAGGAAAAAACGAAAACCGAUAGACGGAGGGAAGCAGCAAUCAGUCGUUCCGGACAAUCAAACCAGAGCCCGGAUUUGGAUUUGAGUCGUCUGUUUUGUCUACGCUGCAGAAUAAAUAGCGAGCCAUUCACUGAGUUAUGGAUCAGCGUUAUAUAUUUAUACUGUAGAGCGCGGAGAAUGGCUGAAACGAACAAACUGCAACUCGUCCAGUCCUGAGAGGACAGGUGAGGCGUAAAAGGAUAACGUGCUAGAUACGAAUGAGAAACGAAUGUGACGUUAUCGGCGGUAACGUUAGGUGAUGAUAUUGAGUUAUAAACACAGCCACUGUGUUGAUUUAUAUGUGUUAGAAUGUGUAUAGCCACGACCUUCUUAGGCAUUGCCUGAUUUAUGUGCCCUGGUUCGGAAGCUAGCUCGUAUCGGAAUACUGUGGCACCAUAGACGGAAGCACCUGUGUGGUCAGUUUAGGCUCGGAAGCCCCGCCACAGGCGGCCGAUCCAGCGGUGUCAUUCCCCCGGUACCACCCCGGAGGUAGAGCCCCUGUUCGGGCCGGCUCUGGAGUGGGAAAGGGGCUGAAAAGCGGAGGAUGGGAGGUCGAAGGGAACCGCAGAAGCGGAAUACGAGAAGGUACCGAUACAACACAGGGUCGUGAUGCCGGGCAUGGUGGUGUUUCGCCGGCGCUGGUCAGUGGGCAGUGAUGACCUGGUGCUCCCCGCCCUCUUUCUCUUCCUGCUACACUGUGCCUGGCUGGUGAUUCUGUCCAUGGUUGUGUUCAGCCUGCCGUACGGUUUGGGUCGGUCCUGCUCGGUCACACUGGUGGACCACGGGCGGGGCUACCUGGGCAUCCUGGUCAGCUGCCUGAUCUGUGAGAGCGCCAUCAUGUGGCUGAGCAUGAGAGGCAGCAUCCUUUACACAGAGCCCCGCGACGCCGUGCAGUACGUCCUGUACAUACGACUGGCUAUACUCCUGGUGGAGCUGGUCUACGCAGUGGUGGGAAUCAUCUGGUUGGUGCAGUUUUACCAGCCGUGCUCAGACCUCAUGGCCAAGAACCUCACGCUCGGAAUUGUGGCAUGUAAUUGGCUGGUGAUCUUCAGUUUCUUCAUCACCCUCCUGUGUACCUUCGACCCCACGGGGCGCACCUUUGUCAAGCUAAAGGCCACACGCAGACGCAAGCGCACCCUAACCACUUACACACUCAGACACAGGUUAGAGGAAGGCCAGGCCAGCAGCUGGACCAGGAGGCUCAAGCUAAUCAUGUGCUGCACCAGAGCUCAGGACUCCCAGUCUGAUGCCUACGCUGAGGUAGCCAUGCUUUUUGCGGAGUUCUUCAGGGACCUGGACAUUGUGCCCAGUGACAUCAUCGCGGGCCUGGUUCUGUUGAGGCAGAGGCAGAGGGCCAAGCGGUCAACCAUUUUGGAUCAGGUGAGAAAGAACAACGCAGCAAAAGAGGGAGGGAGGAAAUGGCAGCAAAUCGGCUCAAGCGGCGGUGCCUCCGCGUCCAAAGCUCAUCGGGCGCACGUCGAAAGUCGCCACGUUUUCUCCGCGGGCAGCGAGUUUCCGACGGAGUGGCAUAACGGAGUCAUAACGGCGCCACCUGCUCGUGCCAACAAUGACAUUCUAGCCUUUUUGUCUGGAAUGCCAGUCACCCGUAACACCAUGUACCUGGACCUGAAGAAUUCUGCUGAGAUGGCCAUGUAUAAGGACGUGUGCUACUACAUGCUGUUUGCUCUGGCAGCGUACGGCUGGCCCAUGUACCUCCUGAGGAAGCCUGGCUGUGGGCUCUGUCACCUGGCUAGCUCCUGUCCCUGUGUGUCGGUAUCAGGCUCUCAGCUCUCCCAGUCUGUGACGGUGGAGGAGGAUAACUGCUGUGGCUGUAACCUGCUGGCCAUCCGCAGGCACUUCCUGGACCAGGACCUGAAGCAGGUCCACAUCGUCUACACUUCCUGUCACGAUGAUGUUUACGAGACCCCCUUCUUCGUGGCGGUGGAUCACGACAAGAAGAAGGUGAUCAUCAGCAUCCGGGGAACCCUGUCGCCCAAAGAUGCCCUGACUGACUUGACGGGAGACGCGGAGCGUUUGCCUGUGGACGAGCCCCAAGGCACCUGGCUGGGCCACAAGGGUAUGGUUUUCUCUGCAGAGUACAUUAAGAAGAAACUGGAGCAGAAUAUGAUUCUGUCACAAGCGUUUGGCAGAGACCUGGGAAAGGGCACUAUGCACUACGGGCUGGUGAUCGUGGGGCACUCAUUGGGGGCGGGCACAGCUGCCAUCCUUUCCUUCCUGCUCCGCCCCCAGUAUCCCACACUGCACUGCUACUCCUACUCGCCCCCUGGUGGCCUGCUCAGUGAGGAUGCAAUGGAGAUCUCCAAAGAGUUUGUCACUGCUGUGGUUUUGGGGAAAGACCUGGUCCCCAGGCUUGGCCUCUCUCAGCUGGAAGGCUUCAGGCGCCACCUACUGGAGGUUUUACAGAAGAGCAACAAGCCAAAGUGGAGGAUCAUCAUGGGGGGCACAAAGUGCAUCCCCAAAUCGGAGCUGCCGGUGGACGACCCCCCCCAGGCCCCAGGGGACGCCGCCCCCAGCGCCCGCCUGUGGCUGCACCCCAGUGACCUCAGCAUGGCCCUGUCCUCCUCCACCCCCCUCUACCCCCCCGGCAAGAUCAUCCACGUGGUGCACAACCACCCCGCCGAGAGCUGCUGUGGUCAGGAGGAGCCCACCUACUCCGCUCUCUGGGGGGAUAACAAGGCCUUCGACGAGGUCAUCAUCUCCCCCGCCAUGCUGAACGAGCACCUGCCCCAUAUGGUGAUGGAAGGCCUCAAUAAGGUUCUAGAGAACUACAACAAGGGGAAGACGGCCUUGCUGUCGGCCGCCAAGAUCAUGGUGAGCCCCACGGAGGUGGACCUGGCCCCCGACUCCUUCUUCCUGGGACCCCCGAAUCCAAACCUGCGCAGGAACAGCAGUGUCCGGUCCUGCGUGCCCUCUGAGUUGUCUCUGGAAGGCUUCUCGGAGUGUGGUCCUCCCGGGGGGGUGCGUGGGCACCUCACGGUGGGGCACUGGGGAGGUCUGAAAGCGCCCCUGGCCGCGACGGAGAGCCUGUCGGACGCCGAGUCCCUGUACAGCGUGGACAUCCCGCGAGGCUCCCUCAGCCCCGCCUUCCCCCGCCACGCCCUGACGCUCAAAAACUCCUCGGGCUCCGCCCCCGGCCGCGGGCCCAGAUACCCCCACCACCUGUCCCCCUCCAUGGCGAAAUACCCCUUCUACAUCUCCGCCCCAGCCCCUUGCUACCCUCUCCACCUCUCCCCUCCAACGCCCCCCAGAUACCCCCACCACCUCUUCCCUCCCGCCCCCAGCUACCCUUUCCAUCUCUCCCCUCCCACGCCCCCUAAAUACCACCACCUCCCCUCGGCUAAGCCCUACCCGGGUCCGCGGCCUCAGACUGUCAUAGGCUCGGGGCUCCACCAGGUGGCGCCGAACCCGUACACGGACUUCCUCUCCACGGGCUGCAGGGACUUCUCCCGGACCCUGGCCCUGCCGAGCUUGCACUGCUCCCCCACGGGGCCCGCUCACCCCCGGGCCGGCCCCCAGAACCAGGAGGCCUCAGAGGAGGAGGAGGAGGGCGGUGCGACGAGGCAGGGAGGAGAACCCGAGCCCAGCGCGGAAACGGAACCGGCGUCUUCGCUGCCCGACAGCGCCCCCUGCCAGACCGUGCUGGAGUUUUCCCAGCUCCUGGACAACCUGUUCCGGCUGGACGGCAGCGACCGGCCCACGCUGGGCUUCUCCGACGAGGAGUCCGAGUCGGGGCGUGGCUCGUACGACCUGGAGGAGGGGCUGGACGAGGGGCCCCGGACGGGACGGGGCCGGGCCCCGAAACCCGACCAGUCCUCCAGCCUGUCGCUCUCGUCCUCCUUCCCGCUCUCCUCGUCGGGGGAGCUGAAUGACCUUUCGCCCUUGGACGGGAGCCUCCCCCUGCAGUCCGCUGCCCUCUACACCGGAGAAAGCGUGCUCUCCUCCCUCGUCUGACACAGCUGGCUGUCCCCCCUGUGUACUGCAGCUCUCUCUGUCCCUCUCUCAUUCUCUAACUCUCUCUCUGUCCCUCUCUCAUUCCCUAACACUCUCUCUGUCCUUCUCUCAUUCUCUAACUCUCUCUGUCCUUCUCUCUAACUCUCUCUCUGUCAUUCUCUAACUCUCUCUCUGUCCCUCUGUCAUUCUCUAACUCUCUCUCUGUCCCUCUCUCAUUCUCUAACUCUCUCUCUGUCCCUCUCUCAUUCUCUAACUCUCUCUCUGUCCCUCUCUCAUUCUCUAACUCUCUCUCUGUCCCUCUCUCAUUCUCUAACUCUCUCUCUGUCCCUCUCUCAUUCUCUAACUCUCUCUCUGUCCCUCUCUCAUUCUCUAACUCUCUCUCUGUCCCUCUCUCAUUCUCUAACACUCUCUCUGUCCCUCUCUCAUUCUCUAACUCUCUCUCUGUCCCUCUCAUUCUCUAACACUUCGUUACUCUUUGUUCAUCUCUUUCACUCUAUCACUGCCUCACUUUCUCUCUCCUGCUCUCUUACAUUUCUCUGCUCUUUCUCUCUCUUGCUCUUUCACUCUAGCACUGCCUCACUUUCACCUUCUUUCUCCCUCUUGCUCUCUCUGUUACACUUCUCCACUCUUUUUCUCCUUCAUCUUCUCUCUCUUCAUCUCUUUCACUCCGGCACUUUGUCUCACUUUUUUCCCCCGCUCUCUUUCUCUCUCUGUACUGAACGGGGUCAGAAAAUGGCUGACUGUCCGGGCCUAUGAAGCCAGGUGAUCAGUUACACGGGUACAGUGCCUAAUGAGUGAACAAACACUUGCAUGGAAACGUUCGUUUUUUUAAGCGUUAUUGUUAUGAACGGUAUACCCGACCAGGCGAUGUCUGCCAGGCUGGGUUUUUCACCGCCCCCCCUCCCCCCCCACCCAACCCCCCCUCAGUAGUCUGCGCACGCUGCUACGGGAUUGCUACGUCCCUGUCGCGGUACUUACAUCAUGCUACGCUACGUUAAUAACACUUUCUACGACGCGUUAGAGACAUGUUCAUAAUGAAGCUGUUAAGAGUUAUAAACUAUGCUAAAGAUGCUAACGGAAGAAAGAUGCAUCGGCUAGCAUUUGAAUUGGAGCCUGCAUCGGUUGGGGUAGUUUGAAUACAGCACUCCUUCAUUGAAACAUUAAAAUAUUUUUAAAAAGGUCUUAAAAUUCUUGAAGUCAUUACAGUUAUAGUUUAAAAUUGUGAAUAUUAAUAUACAACAUUAAUUAUGUAUAUUUAUAACUGAAUAUAAUGAAUAAAAUCUGCAUUAUAACUGAUUAUGAAUGUAUUUAUAUAGGAAUAUAGAUACAGGCUUCAUAGAAAGUGUUACCUUAACCCUUAACACUUUCCAAGUAGGUUUGGCUCAUAGGCACGUUGGGUAAUACCUGUGAACCAAAGGGGAAAAUGUAACACGCUCAUGCUGUCUUUUCUGGCCAUUUUGAAUUCUGUUUAUUAGGUGCAAAUGUUUUGACUGACAAACCUUCACCAGAGCCUUAGAUAGAAGGCAAGCUGGUUCCUGUAUCUGUGUCCCUAUUGCCACUUGUCUUAAACUAUCAUUUCAUACACAUGAUUAUCUAUAAUUCAGUAUGACAUAAUGCAGGCUAAAAAAAAGAAUUCAUGGAUAAGGAUUUUUAUGGUGUGGCGAGGUAUGAAAUUGAGCACAUAUUGAAAUAUCUUUGCAUGACUGCAUGCUGUGAUAUACAGGAAAUCGGUUUAUAUUGUCUGGUUUAUCAGAAUACACUAAUGUCACUUUGAAGAAUAAAGAACUGCUACAGUAAUAUAUAGAUAUACAAGAGGUGUAAAUAUUACUGUACAUGAUGUUUGAAAUGUCAUGUUUUUAUUAAAUGUAUUCAAGAGUCGUUUAAUACUCAAAAACAAAUGGCAAAAUAAUAGAAAAACCAUUAUGGAUACUUUAUGUACUCUUUAAUUUGACAAUUACACUCCUUAAACUAUGAAUGGGGGUUAGUGGGCUUUUUAAAGUAAUGAAACUUAUAUUUAUAAGUGAUAUGUUUUGUUUGUUUAAAAAAAAAGCAAUACCCAAAGAUUGAUUAUCCAGGUCCAGUCAACGUCAAAUAUUCAUUUUGUUCUUUUGUUGCUGAAUUAAUUUAGAAUCUGAAUUUUGAAUCUUUUCCAUAAGGCUUUUUCUAAAGAUUAGGAAAUAUUUGAACAAUGAUGGGGGUAAACCAACGUCGCUAUAUAUGCUCUGGUGAAGAUUUUUCAAAGGAACUUUAGCACUUAGUAAAAAUGGUAAGAAUCCAAAGCAAAUCUGUUACAUUUUUGCUCUGAUUAGCUGAUAACAGUCUGUUGACGUGUCAGAAGGUUAUUUCAAUAAGCAAAAAAAUAACUGCUUUUAUUGCUUUGCUUGACGGGCGCACAUAAAAAGUGACUUACACUUACACCCUUUACAUGUUCUAAUGAUUGUUGUAAGCCUCGGUCCUUUACCCAGGCACAACACUUUCGUCUCUAAUCAGUGGACAGGAAAAGCCUUACCUAGCCAGUCAUUCUCAUUCACGAAUCAAACAUUAAUGCUAGUCACAACCACACCCAAAGGAGAGAGUCGGACACUCCCUCUCCUCUGAUUGGGUGGAAUAGAUAGGCAUUAUGGGAGAUGUAGUGAACUCUGCGAUGUCACUCUUUUGACUUUUUUUUUUUUUUCAAGUUGCAUGAAUUCAAAUGGUAACUGAGUGAAUCUAUGAAUUUUCUAGGGGUUGAUUUACCCUCUCAUUCAUCAGUAGCAUUUGCCAGACUUAAUCUUUUACUGAAAUUGCGUUAUGUUUUAGUGCUGCGUUAGUACACAAGUGAUUGGUGGUCAGUGACCCAUACUUCCUCAGGUACAUGGUGACACGAUGAUGACAGACCCACCCAAGGGUGACUUGGUUCCAAAACCAGUUGAAGUUUCAGACUGACAUUAAUACUUAUUUUUUGUUUAUUUAUUUUGGUGAUUGCAGAUUUUUCUUAAAAUGUUCUCAUGCAUGACUCUAUCUGGAAUGGUUGUUUUGCGACUGUCCUCUGUGCAUUUGCUAUUAUCAUUGCUUUGUUGUGUGCACAGUUUUCAAUAUUUCAAAAUCAAUGCCUUCAAAAAAAGAUUUGUGUAAUAAACGUUGCACAUAUCUACCAUGGCCCUUUAAAAUGCAUAUUGCCAAAUGUAUUUAUGAAAUGCAUUUAUGAACACAAAUUAUUGUGUGUGUGUGUGUCUGUGUGUAUGGCGAGUAAAAGACAGAGAGAAAUGUUACUGUUGGCACAAAACAAAAGGCUUGCGAAUUAAGGCUACUGUGCAGCAGACAAGCUCCAUUUUGGCUCUCACCCUGAAAAAGGAUAACAGCAAUGACACGCUGUGUUAUAUAAAGCAAACUCUGCUUUAAUUAAGCUCAUGACGAGCUGGAACUGGCAGCAAAGCAUCCUGAAUGAAUACUGCAAUGGCUGCUGGGAAGCCAAAAGCAGACCCGUACGUCCCACUGCUGGCACCCAGACCAUCAGCUGAAAAGUUACACCCCCUAGGACCACGCUGUCACUGUAAAAAUGUCAACGAAUUUUACGGUAAAGUCUGUAAGAUAGCGAAAAUAGCCGAAAUGUAAAUAAACGCAUUCUUAUUGACGGUGAAACAUCGUAACAUGGUUUAUAGGGUACGUGAGUUCCAAUAUAGUUCUAACAACCCAAUUGCCAGUAAUUCUCUGUAAAAUAUAUCUUUUUUUACAGUGCAGAUGAUUCUGUCAUCUUUAACCCCAACAAGUUCAUUUUCAGAGCUUUUGGAAAGAGAGCAAAAAACAAUUAUCUGUGUUACUGCAAUUUGAAGAAAUGGCUAAGAGGCAUGAAUGUGGAUUUGAAUGCUUAUGAAAAUGUUUAAUCAUUCAUGAAUGCAUAUUUAUAUUUUUAAUGAGUGUUAUUAAUUGUAUUAAUAUGCUUAUCAUCAAUGGGUUUUU